GCGCAAUCUCCAAACCCAUUAGAGAUCCUCUCGAAGAAAUCGCCGGAGAAGCUUCUGCUUCCACAACCAACAGAUCUAGAUCUCAGCACUUUCCUCCCAAAAGACGAACCACCACCACUACCAACACCGUUUGUUGGCGUUUCUGCAACCACUUGGUUAUUAGGACUCUCAUCUUCUUCCUCCGCAAUCACAUCAAUGCCUCCACCACCGACUCUCUUCGAUGACUCUGUUUCCUCUGUUCUCUGGUUCCUCCCGUUUUCGAUCUGGUUCCUUGGCCUCGAAGAAUGGCUAAAGCUGUCGACUUUUUUGGCUGUGCUGCUGCUGAUUUGGGCGAGAGAGGUGGUGGAAGAAGGAGUGAAGGUUUUAGGAGAAGAGGAAGAGAGGUGUGUUUGUUUAGGGAGAGGGAAAGAGGAAGUGACGAGCUUACCAAGCUUUUCCUGGAGACAUAAUGCACAGAUCCCACCUGGGUUUCUCGUGUAA